UGACGCACACCAUCACCACCACGCGCACACCACGUGGAGGCGCGUGAUGAACGAGUACGUGGAGCACCGAUCGGCUCCCGGAGAGCUGCAGGGUGGCACACUGCCGGCAAGGGCAUCCAAGCUGCACCGCAUCCCUUACGCUAGUCACAAAACAUUCCAGCAGCCUUGCCAGUCGGCACCUGCUCCUCCUCUUCCCGCUGGGUCAGCGUCCGUCAGCCCGUAUGGGCGCGCGGUGCUGCCCAGCGGCAGCGAAGCGGGCACCACACCCCUGCCCGAGCCUCUGUACAUGCUCUACGACGACACGCACAAGCGGAGAACUACACCGCUGCUUGCCGCUGCAGAUGCAGGGAUGCGUCCCGAGGACAACAUCUACGAGGAGGUGGACAUCUACCGACGAGACACAGUCACCUGCGAGGACGGCUACAGUGCGGCCGGCUCCGAGCUUGGCCUGGAUCAUUCAGAGAGCUCGGAGGAAGGCGACCCUACGGGCCGAGUGCGCCGAGGCUCGCGCUUGGGCAGCAAUGGCAACAAGCCCGGCAAGAAGCGCAAGGAUUCCGACGUGAGUGUCAGCCUGACCAGCAGCUUCACACGCUUCUUCUCCACCCGGCGGAAAGAUUUCGAUUCUGACAAGUUGGGGAGCCGCAUGGGAAGCCGCCAGUUGUCAGAGGAUGAAGGCUAUGGGGACGUGAAAGCACCCAAAAAGCAGAGACCCCCAUUGACUCUGCCACCUGUGCCUCCUGGCCUCACACCUGAACAGAAAAAGAGGCGAUUCAUUGUACAUAACAUAGUUGAAAGUGAAAACUCGUACGUCGGAACUCUUCAAAGGCUCAUCCUUGACUUCAAGCGACCGCUGAUGGCCAGCCAGCCACCGCUUGUGAGCCAGCGAAAGGUGGACACCAUGUUCUUCCGCCUCGAGGAGAUCAUGCAGUGCCACACGCUCUUCGGCAUCGCCCUCAAUCAGUGCAUCUGCGAAUGGGACCAGCAGGAGCGCAUAGGCGAAGUCUUUCUUGCAUCGUUUUCGAAACCAAUUGUACUCGACAUCUACAGCGACUUCAUCAACAACUUCAGCACAGCCAUGGAGACAGCGAAGCAAGCAGCUAAGAGCAAGUCUGCUUUUGCAGAAUUUCUCAAGAUGAAGCAGAUCUACAGUCCUGACCGGCUGUCGUUCUUUGGCCUCAUGGUGAAGCCGGUGCAGCGGUUUCCCCAGUUCAUUCUGCUCCUUCAGGACCUGCUCAAGCAGACACCCAAGGGCCAUGACGACCGGAUGUACCUACAGUUAGCCCUGACUCAGCUGGAGCAACUUGCUGAGGCGCUCAACGAGCGCAAGCGCACGGCUGAGCAGCACCAUGCCGUCCUGCAGGUGCUUGGUUCACUGGGUUCCAAGUUCUCACUCAAGGCAUUAGCAGCAGCUUCUUCAACAGUGGACAGCACAGAUCACUUCCUGUUACGGCAAGACGACGUUUUACAGCUGGAAGUUGACCAGAGCGGGCUUGUUGUCAAGUCGAAACCGCGGCGUAUUUUCCUGCUGAACGACCUUCUUGUCUGCGUCACUGUGACUUCAAGGCCAUCGGAAGGGGGCCAGGGUGGCAGGGAGCGGCUGAGUCUCAAGUGGGCAGUGCCCCUGCAGGAUGUGGACGUGCAGGAGGACAUCGCCCCGGCCACUCGCAACCUCCUCGCCUCCUCCGGACGGGCACGAAACUCAGCGGGACGCCUCGUACCCGUCGGGCACCCUGAGAGUGCGGGUUCCAUGCAAGUGCUGUACGACGAGCUCACUGACCUUGUCCAUGACCUGGAAGUCGUGAGCCGCAUCGCUGUGCUAGUCAAAUCCCUCCGGAGACCUUACUCGGAAAUCUCGGUGGAGAGCGUGCAGAGCAUGGCACGCAGCAUUCAGGAUGCAGUGCGCCAGAAGGAUGAGGAGAUAACCCUGCUCGACAGCUGCUGUCUGCAACUGGCACUCCCACAGAAGUCAAAGUCCCAGAAAGUACAAGUUAGUUUCCAGCUGUCAAGCCCUGCUGUCAAAAGAGACUGGACUACUGACCUGCGCCUCGCAAAACUGGCUUUGGACCCCAACAACAUGCCAGCCUGGGAUGUGCCAGAACAGGACAAACGGCCGUCCAGCAAGCUACCUCUUCUCGUUCGAUUGACGCCUCUCUACCCUGCCUCGACACCCACAGAGGUCAAAUGCGGCUGCUUCUACAGUGUGGCACCCACAACGCCGGGCGGCCUCCGGGGCCAGUACCUGUGGCUGUGCAGCACUGACGGCGUGAACAGCCACCUGGAUCUGUCGAUGCAGCAGAUAGCCUUGCGCUCCGUGGGUGCCUUCGACUUGCCCGAAUCCCGCAUUGCCGCCAUGGAGGCUGUGCCACCUGCACCAGACCCGGACGUCAGCCCGCCUCAGCCUCCGCCUCCCGGGGCUGCCGAGACUGUGUGGAUCACCACCGAGACAAAGAGGUUGAUUCUGCUACUGGCCUCGUCUCCAGACAAGUGGACUGAAGUGGGAAGCACCACGGUGACAGCACCUGUGACUCAAAUACUUUACCACUGUGAACGCGUGUACGUGGCCCUGAGCAGUGGCUCCCUCAACAUCUACCAGAGGGACCCAGCAACUGGCGGUUGGGAUCUGGAAUCUCCCGGUGUUCUUGUCCUUGGGACGGAGCCCAUCACGUCUCUGCUUCCCCUAGGAACGCUGCUGUAUUGUGCCUGUGCUGACAAGAUCUACGUGCUUGACGCAUUUACGUCAGACAUACAGAGGACGCAUACUUUGAACCAAGAGGAAGGUGGCCAAGCCUACCUCAUGGCUCACUCGGGCACGGGACUUUGGAUUGCACUGAAGAACUCAUCUCGCAUCAGCCUGUACCAUACUGAGACGUUCCAACACCUCCAGGACGUUGACGUCGCUGAGGGCGUGAACCGUUUCCUUUCAGCCAAGCAAGGCAGCAUCCGGCCAGCAGUCACAGUGACCUCUCUGGUCGCCGGGCCGGGCCUGCUAUGGGUCGGCACGAGUGCCGGAGUGGUUCUGACGCUGCCGCUGCCUCGUCUCGAGGGGGUGCCCAUUUUGGGUGGGCGCACCUACCUGGCCCACCAUGGACACCGAGGGCCCGUCACCUUCCUGCUGUGCCUCCAGCCGCGAGUUCACCCGUCCCGCCGUGGAUCCAGCAGGGCCCAGCAACACAGGACUUCGGUUGCCCCAGAAGAGGCGGGCGCGGAGCAGCUCGCGGAAGAAGGUGAAGAGGAGGAGGAAGAACUGGCCAAGGCAGCAAAGGACGAAGCGGGUGAUGCCGUCGCCGAGGAGGCGGAGCUGGACGCGGCCAGCACUAGUGGUGUUCAGAAACAGAAGUCUGACUCGGUCUUACCCUCGACUCCCGCCAGCCACAAGCUGGGAACAAGGGCUCUGCGGCGGACAGCCACUGAGAACAUUCACAUGUCGGGUGCUAAGACACUCCCCCGCGGCCUCUCCCUGUGUGCCCGGGCCAGCGCUGCGAGCGGACUGACCCUGAGCAGUGCCGGAGGCGUGAGCACCGACAGUGGCAACGACAGCGGCAGCAGCCCCGAGGCGAGCCGCAGUGAGGUGUACGGCUUGUAUGCCGACCUCAUGAACGUGCAGGACUACGAGAGCCACGAGCAGCUCAACCGUAGCGACCCCGAGCUCAUGCACUUUCACUUUGCGACACUGGGGCGCAGGUCACACCGGCCCGGUCGACCGCGUUCCUGGGACCUCUCCACCAUGGAAGUGUCCGGAGACUCGGACUCAUCCGCAGCCACUUGCGACGCACACAAUGCCGCCAAUGCGGCUGCCCAGGCAGCCGCGGCAGUUCCCAGUGCUGCUGCACUUCAGGCAGCUGGCACCUCUUCUUCCUCAUCGGAUGCGGGCCCCAAGUCUUCAUUCGCAUCAUCACCAUCCCCGUCACUGUCGUCGGUCGAAGGGCCGGCAUACGGCACCAUGCGUCAGCCGCGGCGACCCGGUCAGCCAGUGCCGAGGGGAGCGCAUCAUUCGGGUUCGGGUGGCGCCGCAGACAGCGGGCCACAGAGCAAGACGCUACUCACUUUGACCGGAGGUUGUGGCUAUGUAAACUGGCGAAGGAUGGCUGGCGACCACCUGACUUCCUCGCCUAGUGGCGAUGCCCUCGUUCUCAUCUGGGAGAUGAAAGUCUGAAGCCGAAUCCCCACUCCUCAGUUUUUAUAUAUAUAUUUUUUUGUAUCUUUGUGGGAUGUUUGAAGUUGGUAUGAUACCACGUGCGAAGACGGAUACGUAGGGUUUUUUUUCCCUUUGUGCAGUGCAGCUAUUGCCUUUUAUCUUUCUACUAGUACCUCUUGCACUGCACUUGAUGGUUGGCUGUAGAUGCUGUUUGCCUUUGUAGGUUGUGUGCAUUCAUUGAAGUGGGUUUGGGUUUGGAAUUGUGGAGACUGAAGGUGUUGCUGUGAAGAGCAUUUGAUAACCUAGUGCACUGCACUGCUUUCAGAUGCCAUUUAAUACUUGUUGAGGGCGAGUUCCGGUUUGCUAUGUGGUAUUUGCUUUUGGUUUGCUACGUGGAAACAUAGUACCAAUAGCAAUGAUUCUUUUUCUGUUUGUGACCCUCAAGGAUAGAUACACACAGCACCGAAAGAAAACUCGAUUUUCUUUAAAUCUUUUGAAACAUGUUUAAUGUUAAGACUUCUAGGCUUCUACAAACUAGGCUAGGCUUCUACAAACCGACAUUGGAUUUGUUCCGGCACUGUUUGUAUAUGUUGGUUGCGCUGAGCAGCAGCCUUACGUAUAGGAGUUUAAUCCUGUCGAGAACUGCUUACCGGCACAUUUCUCAGAGCAGCAGUCAAGGUUUUUUUUUUUUUUUGUUUGUUUGUUUAACAAGGCAGGGGUGCCCCUGGGUGGACGCAAGUAAUAGAUGCUUUCUGAUUGGCUAGGGCUCAUUUUCGCUUGGCUUGUCGCACAAUGCCAUCCUUUAUUAGAUAGAAAAUAACAAAAAAAAA